AAUGCUAUUGGCAGUAGAAACAAUCUAAAGUGUCACAGCUCGAAGUUCAGCCUGCACGAUGUCGUGGUUUACUUCUUUGUUCACGUCAACAAGCCAGCCGACAGCCUCUCCCGCUGCAGCACCAUCCAGCGACAAGCGGCUGCUUGAAGAGCCCGCACCGAAACCUGCACCUGUUGCUGAAGCUCCUCAACCACAACCACCUACCAUCCAUACACCUCAGACAGAUAGGCCGAACAGGAGCACGGUCAUCUUCGGUGCCGGUAUCGCCUUCUUUGCCUUUUCCCUUCUCAUCACGCGGAGAACCUUCGCUCGAAAACGCCUGGCAACCCCAGCUUUCUACGCCAAUGCUCCGGGACAUCAGGCAGAACAGGCGAAGCAAGUCAGCGCUCCCAUGGAGGCUCUGGAAGCUUUGAACAUUGCCACAGUCAAUGUGCUCAGUUUGUCUAUGGUGGCUGCAGGAGGGACAAUGUGGUGGUUCGACAUCAAUAGUAUGGCCGACGCCAGGAGAGUCUUGCGAGGAGGACUAGGUGUUGACGGGACCGGCAAGUCUGAGACAGACGCAGAGGAGGAUUUUGAAGAGUGGAUGGCAACGGUGCUGGCCAGAAAGGACGCAAAAGGCCCCCAGAAACCACAAAAGAAUGAACGAGGACAGGAGAGAUGAUUCAGCUGCCACCACGAUGAUGAUACUCAGCUUGUGAGUGUGGGCACAAGUUACGAGGCCGAUAUCAUGUUGCACCUUUGGGCUCCUUUGCAAUGUCGGGGAUCCGCGUGCUUUUCAUGCAUCCUACCAAUCUACGCCGACUUUGCUGGUGAAUGUGCCACCGCCUUAAGUGAAGAACACACAAUUCCAAGGUCACGAGGUCGCAAUCUUCACUGAUUCCAAAACCGCACAAACCAUCGUGCGCUAUGGACAAAACUCCAUUGAC